AAACACUGGCCACUGAUUUCCCUAUAAAACCUCAGCAAACCCCAAACCUGUACCUUCUCUUCCAACUCCUAUUGACACACAAACACAUACACACGCAGGAAAAGAUUGAACACCAUGAGCUGCACAAGGAUCAGUGGUGCAGUCCUCGUUUUUGCCUUGCUCUUCGCCCCGUUAUUGCUCACGCUCUGCCUUCCCCUUGCCUGCGCUCGCCAUGUGGUGGCGCUGGAGGCCAAAGAUGGCCUGAACAUUGGAGGGGGCCGGCAGCAGGUGGUUGGUGAUGACGCAGGAAAGGCUGUCCCCGUCUCGAACGCCGGCGGCUCACGGCCAGUGAGGACGGUGGAGUUGCCCGCGGCGAGGAGGCACCGGGUGGACGCGGCGGAGGAGUUGCACGACAUGCUGAGGAGGGACUACGCGUGGAGGGCGAGGCGCCGCAAGCCCAUCCACAACGACGAGCCUCGCGACGACGAGCCCUAAGUCCGUCAGACUUUCCCCGGAGCGCAGCUAGGUAGGUAGAGUACAUAGUUACAAGAAGCUUAGCUUAGCUAGAGCCGCUCUCUGUUUUACUACUGCUGCUACUACAACUAGUUAGCUAGAUUUGCAGGCUUGCAGGAUACCCAAAUAUUAUGGAAUAACGAUGCCCUAGUUGGUACAGUAUAUCAUUAGCUGGUCAGCCUUAAUCUGGCAUCCAAGAUGGACAUCAGGUUUAGCCCUGUUUUCUGCAAGGACUGCUGGAAGGAGUUCGUGCGAAAAAAGGGGCGGUUUUGUGCCGGAUGUGCAGGCCUGGGGGUAUGCUAUAUCUACAUGUAAUGUCCUAUAUGUCCACCGGUAAUCAGGUUUGCAGAAUAUCAGCGUUCUAUGUGUGUCAAAACUUAUUUUGUUGCUUGUUCACAUCCGGGUCAUGGCACACUGAACUCGUUCUGGUGAGUGUAAUAGCUUCGACU